AUGAAAUACCAUCAACUCAUUUUCUUGAAAUUUUUCGUUUCAUUUCUUGUGGUCUUUUCAGUAGCAACUGAAGAUGGGCUGACUUAUGAUUAUUCAGGCUACAUCGAGUGCAAAAACGAGCCUGAAGAUCCACUUUACAAUGGCGGAAUAAUUGUUAAUCAAAAUCAGUCAGUUUCUUCAACAUUCCUGUUACCAAAUCUCUCCGGCAACACAAUCUACUCAUUCUCCAGUUGGGUGAAGCUAAAUGGCUCUAAUGCAACAGCGAUCAAGGCUAGCCUAUCAUUAGACAACGACACUAACAUUUGUAUAGGAAAUGUCAUUGCCAAAAGCGAUUGUUGGUCAUUUAUAAAAGGCGGAUUUGUACUCGAUUCAGCCUCAAGCUAUGCCAUGGUGUAUUUUUUGGAUUCACAUGGGAACAAACACAACGUGACACUUGCAAGCGCUUCUUUGCAACCUUUCACGCCUCAACAAUGGCAAAACAAUCAAGCAAACUCGAUUGACAAAGAAAGAAAGCGUGCAGUGACUAUUCAUGUAUCCGACGUAAAUGGCGAAAGUAUCCAAGGAGCUCAAGUCAUAGUCGAGCAAAUUUCUAGAGAUUUCCCUUUCGGUUCAGCCAUAUCCAAGACAAUCAUAGGAAACAUACCCUAUCAGAAAUGGUUCCUAGAAAGAUUCAAUGCAGCAGUCUUUGAGAACGAGCUAAAAUGGUGUGAAACUGAACCCGAACAAGGAAUCAUCAACUACACCAUACCUGAUCAAAUGUUAGACUUCAUCAGAGCUAACGAGAUAACAGUUAGAGGGCAUAACAUAUUUUGGGAAGACCCGAUCUACAUCCCCUCAUGGGUCCAAAACCUAACCGGCGACGCCUUAAAUUCAGCCAUCAAAUCACGGAUACAAAGCUUAAUGAGCCACUACAAGAAUCAGUUCAUCCAUUGGGAUGUUUCUAAUGAGAUGUUACAUUUUGAUUUCUAUGAGCAACGAUUAGGGCAGAAUGUGUCAUUGGAAAUGUUUAAGUUAGCUCAUGAAACGGACCCUUUGGCUUUGUUGUUUAUGAAUGAUUUCAAUGUGGUGGAGACGUGUGGUGAUUUGAACUCGAGCGCCGCCGCGUAUGCCGCUAGGAUGAGGGAGGUGGAGGAAGGCGGUGUUAUGAUGGAUGGCGUUGGGUUGGAAGGUCAUUUUGUAACCCCGAAUCUGCCGUUGAUUAGAGGUGUUUUGGAUCAGCUUGCUAGUUUGGGACUUCCGAUUUGGCUUACAGAAGUUGAUAUCAGCAACACCCUUGAUCAAGAAACUCAGGGGAAGUAUUUGGAGAUAGUGUUGAGAGAAGUGUACUCUCACCCAUCAGUGAGUGGGAUAAUGCUAUGGACAGCAAUGGAUCCAAAUGGUUGCUACCAAAUGUGUCUAACAGAUUCCAAUUUUCAUAAUCUUCCUGCUGGUGAUGUUGUGGAUAAAUUGUUGUUGAAAGAGUGGUCAACAGGUGUGGUCAAUGGUCAAAGUGAUUUUGAUGGGACUUUUAGCUUUGAUGGGUUUUUGGGUGAGUAUAUGGUCAAUGUUGACUUCCAAAAUAGGACUUCUAACUCAACAUUUUACAUAUCCAAAGGUGAUGACACCACCCAUUUUAGUAUUCAUUUGUAG